GUGUGUAAAGGGGUGUGUGUGAAAAAUCCCUUCCAGCACCCCUUUCCGCUGUUUUUUAUUUAUUGUUGUUGUUGUUCAUUCUGCUGUCAUCUAUUUUUCAGACCUUUCUGCAUCUAAGAUGGUGAAGAAAGGAGUGAGGAAGAGAGCAAAAUAACUACUGGGAAGUCUCAAAUCAGCUCUUUUUUCUGAGGGAGGACUCGAAGGAUUAAAAGGCAGCAACUUCUGAGGCGAUCUGUCCCCUGAGUUAUGGAUGUUGGUGCACUUACUUCAGGCCAGAUCAGAGCUCAGAGGGAUCUAACCAGAAGCAGCAACCACCGGCUCUCCACUUGCCUUUUACCAGGUUUUACCCAUCCAGUAUGUUUCUUUUGAUAAGACAUUUUCCAGCGCCCAGAGUUUCAGUACAAUGUGCAAAUGGAUACUGACAAAUGGUGCCUCAGCCUUUUCCCACCUGCCUUGUUGCUGCUUGCUGCUGCUCUUCUUGGUGUCUUCUGUGCCUGUCACCUGCCAUGACCUCGGCCAGGACAUGCUGUCCCCGGAGGCCACCAACUCUUCUUCUUCAUCAUCCUCCUCCUUCCCCUCGUCCUUCUCCUCUCCUUCCAGUGCGGGGAGACACGUGCGGAGCUACAAUCACCUCCAAGGAGACGUGCGCAAGAGGAAGCUCUACUCUUACAACAAAUACUUUCUCAAGAUCGAGAAGAACGGCAAGGUCAGCGGCACCAAGAAGGAGAACUGCCCCUUCAGCAUAUUGGAGAUAACAUCUGUAGAAAUUGGAGUUGUGGCAGUUAAGUCCAUCAAAAGCAACUAUUACUUAGCUAUGAACAAAAAAGGAAAAGUCUACGGCUCCAAGGAGUUUAAUAGUGAUUGCAAAUUGAAGGAAAGAAUAGAAGAAAAUGGAUACAAUACAUACGCAUCCUUAAAUUGGAAGCACAAUGGAAGGCAAAUGUUUGUUGCUCUGAAUGGAAGGGGAGCCACAAAGAGGGGACAGAAAACAAGAAGAAAAAACACUUCAGCUCACUUUCUUCCAAUGGUAGUAGUGUCAUAGAUGGAGGAACUAUUCUAUCAGUGCAGUUGAACCAAAGGCUCUUAUGUCAAUAAUAAUUGGUAAUCUUCUUGAAGAAUAAUUGCAAAGAAAUAGUGCAGACAUCUGCUUGUUUGAAAAGAGCAGGGGAAUCCUCUGAAGUUUUUGUACUAAUUACUGGCAAAUGAAAUACUUUUAUUUAAUUCAGUGUUCUAUCUUAAGAGCAAGAUAGAAGCUGAAUCAAAGGGGAUAUAAGUCAUUGCCAGUGUGAACAUUUUUUUUUUCUCUCUGCAACAGAACUUAAGGAAUGUGAGACAAUCUAAUGAAUGAUCUUCGUGGGGAAAGUUAUUUAUGGAAUACUAACUCAUAUCAAAGACCUUAAUUGCUCAUUCAAGCCUAUGAACAGUUAGACAUGCAAGCAUUUACUGGAAGCACUUGGGUCAUAUGCACAAAUAAAGAUGCUUCUGGAGAAGCCUUGUGGAAGAAUGGAUAGGAUUAAGAAAUAUAAUCAAAGCAGUAUCAAACUGUUCUAACAAAACGAAUAGUAUGGUUUGCUUGUAUGUUCUAACUUCACUCCUUUUUAUUUCUCUCUAAAUUAUUUAUUUAAUAGGAUGUUAAAUAUCUUUUUUUUUUUUUUUUAAUUUGAAAUGUUUUCCUCAUUUGCUUCUUUGUUGUUUUCCCUUUUUCUCAGUACUUCACACAGGAUUGAUAAGUUAAAAUAUCAGAACCUUGUAAGUACUGUGGGAAUAGGUAAUGGACAAGGCUUUAAAGGCAGAAUUUAGUGUGUAUAAUCCGUUUUGUUUUUUUUUCUAACUCUCUUGCACUUAAGCAAAAGACCAAACAUGCAGUGCUUGGAUUAAUGGUAUUGUGUGUCUUUAUGUUUGAGAGGUUUUCUUACUUAUUAGCACUCAAAAACAAACUUCAAGAAAUACUUGCUUCAAAGGGACUUUCUGCUAUUUUUAAACUGAGAGCAGGGGCCACCUCUGUACUUGGGUAUCGAUGUAUCUGUGUGUAUAUUCAUCUGACUUUGACUUCAGUGUGGAAUUAAGAACAGAUGCAUUGCAAUCAGUAAGAAAUUUUGCAGCAAGCACUGGGCUAGAACCUAGAUGUGGACAGUCCUGUUAAAAUCGCUGAUAAUUCCAUUGUUAAAAUUAAACAAUAUGAAAUUUCCAAGAGUGACAGAAUCACAGAAUUGUAGGGGUUGGAAGGGACCUCCAGAGAUCAUCGAGUCCAACCCCCCUGCCAAAGCAGGUUCCCUACACCAGGUCACACAAGUAGGCGUCCAAGUAGGAGUUAAAUUUAGUCUCUGAAAGAUGAGAUAGAAACACAGUCCUGCACUCCCUACUCAGUUAAUAUGGCCAUUCAGCACAUUUGUCCUUGUUAACAGCUUGAAGAGUCACAGAAAAAGAAUGGGAAUAAUACCUAAAUAGGGACUGAGGGACAGGGAAUCCAAAAUCAUGUUCGUGCAUUUAUCAGAGAUUAUUACUCACAUGUAUAUUAUAUAUGAGAGCCAACAAAAAAGCUGUGCUGGUAUCCAGCUUUAGCAUGCCUUUCAUAUCCACCUUAGUCACUGAAGGCUCCAAAUGCAUAAUAUCCAGCACAUUUUCAUUAAGUGUUACUAUUCCCAUGGCUUAACUUGAGCAACUGCAGUAUAACAAAAUUAAGCAUAAUAUGAAGUCUGUUCAAUUAAAGGUACAUAAGGUUUGUUUUAUGUUUUGCUUUACUCUGUAAUUUUAUAGAGCUCUGGAUAGCUCACCAAUGUAACCAUAUUGAGAUUCAUUUUGUUAGAGCAGAUAAAUAGAAAACAGUACAACAAAUAAUUUGUACCACUGUCUUCACAUUGUAUUCCACUAAAUAAAUAAUUAAGCCUUUGCAGUGUCUGUAGUAAGAAACAGAAGUAGUAUAAUAUUAUUUUGUUCUAAAUACUUUUAAGUGAUAACUAUGAGAUUAUAUUGAUGAUGCAGUUUUAUCUUCAAUAUUUCUUGUUGUGAAAAAGUCAUUUUUAUUUUUAUUGUUUGGAAACUGUAUUUUGGUACAAAGGAGAGCCUUGCUUAAUGUUUCUUUUUGAGAAUGUUUAAUCUCUAUAAAGGCUGGUGUUGUUGGAAUCUUCUCUAAGUUAUUUAAGUCAAUGUUUAACCAGCACUUCAAUCUUAAUCUGUUAUUUAAGUAUUAGCUGUUAAAAAAAAAAAAAAAUAGCUUUCCCAUGAAAAUACAAAGUGGUCAGACUGUAUUUCCUGCCUUUAAAUAAAGUUAACUCUUUUAAAACCAGAAAGUAAUUCGAGACACAACAUUCUAACUGAUAGCUAACAUUACAUUUCAUGGUUCUUUAGCUUGCUUCUUCACAAAUGAGGUUUUCUUGAAAUGGAAAUAAGAACUUAAGAUUUUAAGUGUAAUUUUAGGUGAUCAGCAAAAUUUAAUGACCAUAAUAAAUGUGAAUUUCUGCUGUUAAAAAUUUGUAAUCGAUAAUUAGAACUGACAAGACAUAGUGGACCACCCACAAUGAACAUUCAAUGUUAGCCUGGGCAAAUGCAGUAUUGGAUUACUACUUAAAGAACAUUUAGGGUACAAAUGAGGUUCUCUUGACAGAAUUACCUAGUUUAUAUGAUCAGGGGAGGGUUUUGCAUAAAUAUUAUCAUAGUACUCAAAACACUAUGCUGCUCAGAGGCCAAAAUCGGGAAAAAUAUCACUUUUCCAAAGUGAGUCAGGAGACAUUUCUAACAUGAAUUUCUUAGAAUGAACCAAAAUAAAAUGUCCUUGAAGGAAA